AGAUGGAGAAUCCGGCGUUCCUGGACAGCGACCAGUCCGUGUACGAGAGUGUGCGAGGGACGCCCCAAGCCAUGUCGCAGCGACGGCCUCACCACCUGCCCGCCAUCCACCAUGCCCACACUCACUCCCCCCGCGGCGUCGGCGGCCCCCACCACGUGGCCCACGUCCACAACGGCCGGAUGAUCGGUGUGACGGGCGUGCCGGGCCCCAUGGUGGUGCCGGGCACCGUGGUGCAGGUGUCGGGCGUUCCCGCCGCGUCAGGAGGGACGCACAACACCCUGUACCCGGACCCUUCCCUGCCGCCCCUCUACCCUGCCCACCUCGCUCCGCACGCCCGCGUGGCCCAGGCUGAGCCCAUGUACUCCUGCCAGGCUCCCCGGGGCCACGACCACGUCUAUCAGUGUCCCGGCCACAGGGGGGACCACUUCGACCACCGCGACCACCACCUGGACCCCCGGGGGGACACCCGGGACCGCCUCGGGCCUCGGGACCACCACCUGGACCCCCGCGAGCACCACCUCGAGCCCCGCUUGGUGGCAAUAUAAGUGCUUUCGGAGGAAAAUCGCCGAAACUCAUUGAAGUCACGGAAACCGGCAAUAGUGUUGUGGAAGGAGAAUUCCGAAUAAUCAAUCAGAACUUCUGGCGGGGGCUGGAAGACCCGACGUCGGAGGAGCACAAGGCGAUGGCCCAGUCCAUAGAGAGAGAGCUGGAUACCUUGUUCCUGGCAUCAGUUUGGUCUCAAGAAUAUAACCAUAGUCAAGUCAUAUCCUUUGCGGAGGGUUCCCUUUUGGUACGAGCUAAGCUUGUACUGAACACAGCAGAUGUGGCAGCAGCACAGAAGCUGGGCACAGCUUUCUUACGUGGCUUGCACAAUCGCCAUGGACAUGAAUGGAUGGGCCAAUAUUCUGUAGAUAUAACAUCAAUUAGAUUCACUGAAGUGUUAGUAGACACCCCACCUAUUUCCACAACUGGUACCCCAAUAAUGACAACCACAGUCAGAGAAGACUCGGCAUUCUCAACUACAGCAGAGGAGGCAUUAGUUGCAGCCAAGCCUACUGAACUCCCUCACCUGAACGUAGGAUGGGGUCAGUGGGGGCCUUGGUCAACAUGCUCUCCCUUGCUCACCGCAGUACGAUCAGAUACGAACACGGCAGUGUCAUUUGGAUGCGGGCCGUGGCCUGCUUAUCAACAGUAUUGAGCCGUGUCUCCCAUCUGGUCUUGGCCAUCAGCUGCAAGG